AUGUCUAAUAUUCUUAUCUUAUCCCAAACUGAUAUCGAUGCUCUCUUGUCACAAGGUGACCCCAGAGUUGCAAACGAAAUUAUUGACUUGAUGCAAACGACAUUUGUAAAGUUCACUCAAGGUCAUGACGAUGAAGAAAAGGCUUUGCAGGCACAGUCUCCUCAACGUAUCGGUAUUUCUACCGACUCUCAUAAAGUCUUGUUUAUGCCUUCUCGUUUAGAUACUACUACAUCCAUCAAGAUCGUUAGUGUCCCUACAAAGGAAGGUCUCAGCGGUUUGCCCGCUACUAUUCUUGUUUUGGAUGAAAGCACAGGUUGUGUCCAAGCUGUCAUGAACGCAGGCGCUUUGACAGCCGUUCGUACUGCCGCAGGUUCUGGUUUGGCUACACGUCUUUAUGCUAAUCCCGAAUCCAAAAACCUUGUUGUCUUUGGAGCAGGUGCUCAAGGCCGUUCUCAUGUUGAUAUGAUGAUUGCUGUUCGUCCUAGCUUAGAAAGAAUCUCUAUCUGGAACAGAGGUGAAAAGCGUAGACUCGAGCUCAUUAAAGAGCUCCAAAAGGCCUAUCCUACUCGUACCUUUGUAUCUGCUAAUGAGGAAUUGGAGAAUGAAGUUCAAAAUGCUGAUAUCGUAUGUACCUGCACAAAUGCCACUGAGCCAGUUCUCUUUGGAAAGUGGUUAAAGUCCGGUGUCCAUUUGAACUGUGUUGGUUCCUACAGAAUGGAUAUGCAUGAAGUUGAUGCUGAGACUGUCAAGAGAGCAGAAACUAUUGUAGUUGAUUCCGUAGGUGCUUGUGCUCAUGAAGCUGGUGAACUCGUUAAAUCUUCCAAGUCUGAAGAUUGGAUUGAAAUGGGUAAUCUUUUCUUAGACAAUGUCAAACCUGAUGUCACAAAAAUCUCCCUUUUCAAGAGCGUCGGUAUUAGUGUCCAAGACAGCGCAAUUUCUGGCUUAAUGGUGGAACUCGCCAAGAAGCAAAACCUGGGAACAACCGUCCCAUAUUAA